AUGUUCCCUCCCAAACCAAAGUGGGGAGUGGAGGAUAUCCCUGACCUCUCGGGGAAAGUCAUGAUUGUAACAGGGGGGAAUGCAGGAGUCGGAAAGGAAACAGUCAAGGCUCUUCUUCUCCAUAAUGCAAAGGUUUACAUGGCGUCAAGAAAUUCUGAGAAGGCCAGGGCCGCGAUCGACGAGCUUAGGCAGGAGACCGGGAAGGAGGCCAUCUUUAUGCAGUUGGACCUCUCCGACCUCGAGAGCAUCAAACAGGCCGCUGCUGUAUUCUUGAGCCAGGAGACGGUCUUGCAUGUGCUCUUCAACAACGCAGCAGUCAUGGCGUGUCCGAUUAGUGACCUCACAAAGCAAGGUCUAGACAUGCAACUCGGAACUAAUGUCCUCGGACACUUUUAUCUCACUCAACUUCUCAUGCCGGCCCUUCUUGCGGUGAAUGCGAACGAUAGUCGCGAGAAGGCACGCAUCGUUAUCACGUCGUCGUCUGCAAACUAUCUUACAACCCUGGAUCUGGGAUGUUUCGAGGAUAACCCCAAACGACGUUCUAUGCAGCCGAUGGACCUGUAUAACCAAAGCAAGCACGCAAACGUGAUCCAUGCACGCGAACUCGCCAGGCGCUACGGGGAUCAAGUUGUCACGACCUCUGUGAAUCCAGGCAACCUUCGCACUGAUCUGCAGCGGUACUUGAGUGGGAUCCAGAAGUCUCUCAUUUCGAAGAUUCUUUACCCGGCGCCGUAUGGUGCUCUCACGCAGCUCUACGCUGGAACUGCUCCCGAGGCUGCCGAUCUCAACGCUAAGUUUCUGAUUCCGUGGGCCCGCGUAGGAGUGGCCAGAAAGGAAACAGGUGACCCUGAAGUUGGGGCAAAGCUUUGGACCUGGAUGGAGGAACGUUGCCGCCCAAUCUGA